AUGGAUUCAAUUCCAAGUCCGACGACGACAGACAGCACAACGUUGAAGGAGAAGACUGGCGAUCUUGAAAGGCAAGAAGAGGUUCCAAGCCACAAAGUACGCUCUCAAUUGACGAACCUGAUAUGCUCGUUUGGUCGCCUACUACGUGUAUCAUCAACCAAGCCAACUUUCAGUCGUUCGAACGCACCUGAGAAGGAGCACCAAAGCUCUGACCACGAUGAGCAGAGCUCUACGGGUGUCUUCAACAAUGUGUUGUUUCACGUCAGAAAUUUCUUCCGUCGGCAGAAACCGAGUGAAGAUUUGCAUGCAGUUCGAUCCCUUUCCAGAUUCAUACGGGGAUAUCCAAAUCUCGCAGCUUUCCACAGUAAUAGCGAAAACUUCAUGAUCUACAGGCGGUUUGGGUAUCUUUCGGCCAGAGUGCUACUGGAGAAACAGGAUCAACUUCGACGUUUGGAGGAAGAGCUUGACGAGUUCGACGAUAUUAACCAAGGAUGUUCGGUCACGACAGAACCCAACCAGAGAACUUCAAGUACCAUUGAUGACCGUAACAGGCUCCUGACAAAGAUCGAUACUACUCUGGGAGCAUACGCAACAUCCCUUAUGCAUGCCCAACAACUGAUGGGCCUCAAUAAACCUAGCCAUCACGAGCAGCAAAGCGUAUCCGCGUACCUUGAAAACCACAAACCAGUCAAGCCUCGAGAGAGGGGUUAUGUCCAUCACAAAGAAGACCUAAUAACGCUUCGUCCUGGAAGAGAGCACGCAUGGCUUGAUCGCAUGAUUGAAGCGUCCCUCCAGUCUGUGCAGAAGCCCCUACCAUUUGUUCACAAAUUGUUCUGCUCCAAGGAAACGAGAAUGAAGGUCGGCGACUCCAAGACAUUCGACGACGUCUACUACUACACACGGGAGAGAAUCGACCGCUGCGCCAGUGCUCUCAUAACGCUGGCAAUUCUGGUACUGCUUAUCGUGCCCGUGUGGCUACUGUAUUAUAUCAUCACGAGGAACGAAGGCACGUUGUCAGGCCGCGGAACAGCCAUCUGCAUUGGAACAUUGCUCAUCUCAACACUGCUAUUUUCUGCUGUGCUAUCGCUUUUCACUAAGGCAAAACGACACGAGAUACUAGCAGCAGCCGCGGCCUACUGUGCGGUGCUGGUCGUAUUCCUGGGAAAUGUUCGCCCAUAG